AUGUCCAAAAUUACAAAAGCCCCUCGUUACCAAUGCCGUACUUGCAAGUCGACCUUUAAUAACAGUCGAACAUAUAAAAGAUGUCUCGAACGAUGCAUGACAAAUAGGGCAGAAUUACUUGCCAAUGAUGAAGUUUCCCAAACUGUCUCUCUUCCUGAUCAAAGCCAAGAAAACAUCAACACACGCAGUAGUGAAGAUAUGGAUAUCAUUGACAGUACUGAAGAUGAUGAGUCCAUGUACAAUUUUGGAGAAGAAUGCGAGAAUGUCAUUGACAAAAUUGAAGGCACCACACCCUCGCUAGUCUUUGAUUUUAGCCAGUCUCUUCCUGUUCCCAGCAACGAUGAUAAAAAGAAUCUCGCGUUCAUGCAGUUGAUCCAAGAGUUCGGAAUUUCUCGUCGAGCCCAUGAAAAGAUUGUAGAACACUUCAACCAGAUCCUUGAUUGUUCUAUCAAUAUUACGUACCGAGCAUGCAGCCCACACCUUGGAAACAAGCUUCUUGAGCGCUUCUUGGGUAUCAAAGCAGACGGAUACGACAUUUGCAUCAGAGGUUGUAUGCAGUUCAACAACAAGAAUGAUAUCGCAUGCGUAAAAUGCGGUGAAGCAAGAUACAAAAAUGGCCAAACUAGCGAAAGUGACACCAGAGUUCCUGUGAGAUCGAUCGUACAGCUUCCUUUGGCCAGACAGCUUGCUUUGUGCUUGGCUGAUAACAAGACCAGGACUGAAAUGCUCUAUCGUCAUAACCACCAAUCCAGCCAAGAUGGGCAGAAAGCAGAUGUUUUUGAUGGUCAUGUAUACCAAUCUAUGAAGCAUCUGUUUUCUGGUGAAAACGAUAUUGCGAUUUCGUUGUCCAUGGACAGGUUCAACCCACACAAUGUACCUGGAUCAGUAACCAUUGUUCAUGCAACUGUCUUGAACUUGAAUCCGACGAUCCGUUAUGAGAAAAACAGGAUGAUCCAAAUAGCAAUGCUUCCUGGUUGCACUGGUCCCAGUGACAUCUGGUCUUUUCUUGAGCCAACGCUGAGAGAUCUCCGUUUGCUCCAGACAGAAGGCAUGGAAGUAAAGACACCGCCGACAACGAUCAGGGCAAAGGUACAUGUCCUCAUGGACACUGGCAAUAUUCCAGCUCUGGCAAAGCUGGCAUGCCAUGUUGGCCACACGAGUAAGAAUGGCUGUCAUAUUUGUCACGUAGUGGACCAAACUCCUAAACAUGGCCAGUACUUCCGCAUGUUGCCUGGAACCCAGACGCGCUCACUGGAGAGUUUCAGAAACUACAAUCUGGCAAGCAGUGCAGACAGAAAGGGGCUCAAUGGUCAGUCACCAUUAGCCUCAAUGGAAACAUUCUCUGGCCCGUUUUUUUUCGCGUUAGACGAGAUGCAUGGUCUGUGCCACGGAAUCAGUAAACAGAUAUGGGGACUUGUACGCGGAAAGUAUGGAAUCAAGCAUUCUCUAUGUCUUUCUCUUGCCGCUCAAAGGGAGAUUGGUGCUGCAAUGGUAGCCGCAAAAUCCACAAUCCCUACAUUGUUGCAUGGUGCCUGGAGAGACGUGACAAAGAAUGCCAGUUUCUUUAGAGCUGUGGAUUGGGCAGACUUUUUACUCUUUGUUGUCCCCACAUUGGAUGCAGAGCGUGUCCAGGACUUGGUUGCCCAAAAUGUAUUACUUGGCCUGGUUCAAACAUGCAAUUUACUCAUGAGCUGGGAGUUAUCAACAGAGGAUCAAACCUCGAUAAGAAGUAAUCUUGUAGAAUGGAACUUAUUCCUAGAGAGUCUUCUUUCUACAGCAGAUAUUGACAUUGGCGUGUUCACAAUUAACCAGCACAUUAUUCAGCAUUAUCCUCAGAUGAUUGAUCUAUAUGGCCCGCCAAGAGCAUAUAGCACACGAUCCGUGGAAAGAGCCAUUAGUGAGUACUUCAGGUCCAUCAAGAGUAACUCCCAAGUCAGUGUCAAUGCUGGAAACAUCAUGAUCAGACUGGCGCAAUCCCGGCGUGUAGCAGAACUGACAACCGUUGCAAACACAAAAACUCCACCAGCUAACCUUCUAGUUUACAGUGCAUAUACCGAUGGGUGGCCUGUUACAGAAGGAGGUGAUCCUGCCAAUGCUGAGUGUGAGAUUGAGUUCUGGGGGUCUUUGAAGAAUUUAACAAUUUUCAAUAGCUUUGAAGAUAGAUCUCAUCUUUCAUUGCUUCUUAAAACGUUUCAUGAUUUGAAGGGAGAAGAAUUUAGUAUGCUUGAGCCUUCCAUAAAGACAAGCCGCAAGGCCUAUCUUAAUGGUUGUGUUAUUGACGCUGCAUUCAACCAAAGUUCUACAAGAGAGGCAUGUCAUAUUCAUGUGCAGCUACAAGUGGACAUGAACUCCAGAAGAUCCCGCUCUUAUCGUCCAGGAUAUAAGCAUUUCUUCGGAAAGGUGGUUAUAUUCUUCCAACAUGUACACAACUCGAAGAGAUGGCCACUAGCUCUCAUAACCAUAUAUAGUGUGCAUUUGGAAAAUGGAUUGCCUAUUACAUCUGUAGUAAAGCCGAAGACUAUAGUGAUUCAUGCCAGUGACAUUGUAGAGUUGGUUGGCUUGGUGCCAUCAAAUGUCAAUGGUAGCCAUUACAUCAUUUGGCCUAGCCUUAAACGUGGCCCAAAAUUGACACUUGGUGCCUUAAGUGAUAUAUAA